GAGGGCUCACUUAACCUCCAUUAUUAGUUGGAGUUCUCAAAAACUCAACUUUCUGCAUAAUUUGGCAGCCAUCGAAACAACGUAAGUUACUGAUUUAAUAAAUAUUAUUUGCAUAGCAAAUGGGUUGCGGUAUAUCACAGUCUGUGCUUCGAGGCAACGAUGAUGUCUCGAAGUCAGAUGCGUUCAUACGCCUGUGCACCAACGAGAAAAGCCCGCUCGCUAUGCAGCUUAGCGGCUACUUUAACGCGCUCAUUUCGGAAUGCCUUUACAAGUCUCAGGGUGACAUGAAUGGGUACGAAAGAGUACUUGCAAAGCGUCCAACAGAAAUUUCUGUGAAUCAUAGCCGUUUAGCUGCCCAGCGCCAUGGUAUUGGGCACAAGCCUCUCACAGUGGACGGCGUCAAUGACAUUAUGAACCUCUUUCUGGGUCACGCUAUCAAGUCCCUUGAAAAGCGGAAGUGGAGCGGAACUUUCAACUUCGCUCUCAUGCAACCUACGCCAACAGUAGGCAUUGAUGAGAACGGCAACUCCAACGCAGACCGUCCGUACACAAACUCAAGAAACGGCUCUCCGUGGAAGUCGGCGGUUAGGAAGAACAACUCUUCUCGUAGCCGUAAGAAGAACGCGGUGGUGGACGUAGCAGCCGCGGAUCCCCCUACUGACUUGACGGAAACGCCGCUACGAAAUCCGCUGCAGUCGAAGAGGUCCGCAUUUACCGUGUCAUCGUCUGCCCUUGGAAACUCUGACACUCGGAUGUUCGUCGAUGACGGCUCAAGAAGUCGUCGCGACGAUGACCCGAGUCUGCAGUGGCGAAUGGAAUUAACUGGCAACAUUACAUAUCCCUCCAUUGAUGGAGCUCUGACGCUGAUUUGCGACUGCACUGUUGCAUUUCUGUUCUUCACCUGUGACGCAGACCUUCUACCUUCAGCGAACAGCUUCAGCCAGAAUUAA